AUGGCUCAUGCGGUGGACGAGUUGGUUAUACGUGCACAGACUCUGGUUACGGCGACUGUUGCAGCGAGUAUGGCUAUUGACGGCUAUUGUGAGGCGGGCUGUCAAACCUCCUUCGGCCGCUGUGCUUCGUCCGGACAUCUGGUGGAACGAGCAGAGCCCUCUGCCACAUCCCUUUCGUGCCCUAGUUCAAAUGGAACGAUUUACACUACGUCCAACAACAAGCAGACUUUCCAGAUCGAAUGCAACAUCGACCGAGCCGGCGGCGAUCUGGGACUGCCUGUCUACGUUACAUCACUUGAGGAGUGUGUAGAUGCUUGCUCCGCGAAGGAGGAAUGCGUGGACGUUUCAUGGGUAAGAGGGAUUCCUAGCGGCUCAUGCUACCUGAAGAAGAGGGUUGAACCAGCGAGGGUCGACACAAGAGUCAUGGGCGCUAUUCAAGUCGUUAUCGAGACACCGGCUGCCACGUCCGGGACAACUCGUUUCAUCUAUCCUACCCCUACAUCUGUACGCUGCCCUGAGAAGAACGGCACUCUAUACAGGGCGGCAUGCGGAGCAACCUUCCAGAUUGGGUGUGGAGUCGAUCGUGCGGGAGGUGACAUGCUUGGCGGCGGCUUCUAUACUAAAGAUGUGAAUGAGUGCGCCGAGGCCUGCAGCAAGAGACCGGAUUGUAUCGGCGUAUCAUGGGUUCGAGGUAGCCCAAAAGGGCCAUGCUAUCUCAAGAACAGCCCGAGACCUGCUAAAGUUAAUACGGAGGUGUAUGGUGCCUUGCUCCUCAGCGGCUGCACCUCGAAUUUCUCCUCGUCAGUACCAUCGAGUACCAACGGCAGUACUCCAAGCUCUUCUAGCAGCGUCGUAACCACUACCGGCAACCUGACUCAAAGCUUUCCUACUGCCAAUUCGAAUGGCUCGACCAUUAACUCGAGUCGUCCUUCGGUCACGUCUAUCAGAUGGAGUAACUCGUCAUCCAGCACCACUGCUGCGCUACUCAGUCCGUCCAGCGAAUAUUCGUCGACGAUCACUGCCACGCCUAACGUCACAUCAUCUGCUAUCACUACAAACACGACCUCAUCUGACAACAACACUUGGGCCCCCUCGGCGUGUAGCUCUAGGAAUGCCUGGCCUACAGGAUAUCAGGAACACUGCGUUCCAUGCGAGGGUCAGCCUGGAAAUAACCCGAGCUCCUGGUGUGGUUUGACCAUCAACGACAGCAUCUUCCAGGUCUACCCGAAGACCUGCAAUACCGUCAGAUAUAGGCUGGAAAUCACCAACACAACCAUAGCACCCGAUGGUUACCCCCGACUCGCACUCGUAGUUAACGGCCAGAUGCCUGGUCCGCCGAUCGUAGCUAGUUGGGGGGAUACUGUCGAGGUAACGGUGGUCAAUAAGAUGCAGAACAACGGCACUAGCAUUCACUUCCACGGCAUCCGCCAGAACUACACGAACCAGUACGAUGGCGUUCCAUCAAUUACCCAAUGCCCCAUCGCGCCCGGGGAGGAACUGACCUAUCGAUGGGUUGCAAACUCCUACGGUUCCAGCUGGUAUCAUUCCCAUAUGGCUAUCCAGGCGUGGGAGGGAGUCUUUGGGCCUAUGAUCAUCCACGGUCCUACAAGCGCACCCUACGACGAGGACAAGGGCGUCAUCACUCUCCAGGACUGGAGCCAUGUGACGGUCGACUCUUUGUAUGACAUUUCUCAAGAUGCUGUGCCGGGACGUGGUGGUGGUGCCCGUGUUCUGGAAAACGGACUCAUCAACGGCAUGAACACUUGGGGUCCGGACGGUGCUGCUAACCAAACCGGUACUCGGUAUGAGAUGACCUUCACCAAGGGCCAGCGCUAUCUUCUUCGUAUCUUGAACGCGUCUAUCCAGUCGACGUUCAAAUUCUAUAUUGAUGGCCAUACCAUGACUGUCAUCUCUGCUGAUUUCACGCCCAUCAAGCCGUAUCAGACUAAGAUCCUCAAUAUAAACAUCGGUCAGCGCUACAAUGUCAUCGUUGAGGCUGACCAAGACGUCGGCGACUACUGGAUGCGUUCCGACAAUCAAAAUUCUUGUGCCGGCCUCAAACAGGCACUCGACAUCAAGGCCGUCGUUCGCUACACGGGAUCUCCAGGCGGGAGUCCGACGUCAAAAGCCUACAACUACACUACCCAAUGCAUCGAUGAGCCGGCCGCAAGUCUCAUCCCAAUAUACGCAAUGGAUGCCGGCACAUCAGACAUAACCCACAACGGACAGAUCACUGUCGCUCCCAACUCAGCCAACCUCUUCAAGUGGUAUCUCUCAGGCACCACGUUCAUGUCUCAAUGGGGCGACCCCACUCUCCUCGGCGUCUACCAGAACGGCUCCGCGCCCACUUACAGUGGCAACCUCCUAAUCGAAGUCCCCAACGAGAAGGAGUGGGUCUACAUCAUCAUACAGAGCGCAAUCCCGCUCCCGCACCCCAUCCACUUGCACGGCCACGACUUCUUCAUCCUCGCUUCUGGAUCAGGCGCGUACAGCUCCGCCGUGCCACUCAACCUCAUCAACCCACCUCGCCGCGACACCGCGCUCAUGCCUGGCGCUGGAUUCCUCGUUGUCGCAUUCGAAACAGACAAUCCGGGCGUAUGGCUCAUGCACUGUCAUGUUGGAUGGCAUACGUCAAUGGGUUUUGCGCUACAGAUCGUUGAGAUGCAGGAUAAGAUCAGGGAUACGAUUGAUGACUCUUGCAUGCUUGAGGACACGUGCAAGGCGUGGAACAAGUAUGCGAAGGACAGCGGUGUCUUCACGUGGGACUCUGGUGUAUGA